CGAUGUGCUCGGAGUGCAGGACUGCUCCGUGUAGACACGUGGUUGGCUUCUCGCUUGUUGCGUAGCGGUGUAGCUGGAGUGUGCGUCCCUAGAAUUAGAGUUCCCGGCUCCGGCUGGUUAAGAGAGUGAUUUCGCCAUGGCGCAGAUUCAGGCGCGCUUCUUCACCGAGGAAGAAAAGUACAAGGUCGAUGAUGUUCCAUUCUCCAUUCCAGCUACCUCCGAAAUUGUAGACCUUAGUAAUCUCAUCAACAAACUGCUUGAAACAAAGAAUGGUGAUCACAAACCUGUGGAGUUUGACUUUCUUGUCAAGAGUCAGUUCCUGCGGAUGCCACUUAUCAAGCAUAUGGAGGCAGAAGGAAUUUCAACAGAAGUGGUAGUUGAAAUAGAGUAUGUUGAAAAGAUCACAGCCCCUCAGCCUGAAGAGUGCAUGAUGCAUGACGACUGGGUGAGCUCUAUUGCAGGCACCGAAGAAUGGAUUCUUACAGGUUCUUAUGAUAAAACCUGUAGAAUUUGGUCUUUGGAAGGGAAGACCAUUAUGACAAUCACAGGACACACAGAAGCAGUAAAGGAUGUGACAUGGGUGAAAAAAGACAGUUUGUCCUGCCUACUUCUGAGUGCUUCGAUUGACCAAACCAUUCAGCUGUGGGAGUGGAACACAGAGCGCAAUAAAAUAAAGGCCCUUCAUUGCUGUCGUGGCCAUGCUGGCAGUGUUGACUCCAUAGCUGUUGAUGCAUCAAGAACUAAAUUUUGCAGUGGCUCUUGGGAUAAGAUGCUGAAGAUAUGGUCAGCAGUCCCCUCUGAAGAGGAAGAUGAAUAUGAAGAGACAUCUGACCGUCCUAGAAAAAAGCAGAAAACAGAGAAGAUGGGGCUAACAAGGAUUCCUAUUGUCACUCUGUCUGGACAUAGUGAGGCUGUCUCAUCUGUACUGUGGUCUGAUGUAGAUGAGAUUUGUAGUGCCUCGUGGGAUCACAACAUUAAAAUCUGGGAUGUUGAAACUGGAACUGUUAAAAGCACUUUGGCAGGAAAUAAGGUUUUCAACUGUAUCUCCUACUCCCCGCUUUCCCAACGUCUUGCAUCAGGGAGCACCGAUAGACAUAUCCGUCUUUGGGAUCCACGUUCAAAAGAUGGAUCCCUAGUUCUUUGCUCUCUGACGUCACAUACAGGUUGGGUGACAUCUGUGAAAUGGUCUCCCUCUCAUGAGCAGCAGCUAGUGUCUGGAUCUCUUGACAAACUUGUGAAGCUGUGGGACACCAGGAGCUGUAAGGCGCCUCUUUAUGACCUCGCUGCUCACAGCGAUAAGGUGCUCAGUGUUGAUUGGACAGAUGCAGGGCUAAUACUGAGUGGUGGAUCAGACAACAAGCUUUAUUCAUACAGAUAUACAGCAUCCCUGUCCGAUGUAGGAGCAUGAACAUUAUAUUACUUAAAAUGGCUGUUAAAAAACAGUACUUAAAUGGUGGAAACUGAGAUUUUUCUGAAGUUUUUUGGAAUUCUAUUUAUCCUGUGGCACUGUUGCAGGAAUAUAAUUUACGUUUUGUUGGAAAGGCUUGAAUUUAAAGUUAUUGUCUCUAACAGAUGUUCACCAUGUAAAUGUACAUUUUUUAUGUAUAUUUUUCCUGAAGAUUCACAUUCUAGUAUAAAAAUUUAUACUUUGUAUAUAUUUUUUUUUUAUUAUUACUACACCUCAAAUAAAGGAUUGUUCCUUGCAA